GACGUUUUAUCAUGAGAAAUGGGGAACAAGAACAGUGUAUACGUGGAUGUAAAUCUUAAAGAUGGAUUCUUGUCAGAUGCGUUAAAUACUCAUAACAAAUAUAGAUUAAUCCACAACUGUCAACCUCUAACACACGCAGAAGAUCUCAGCGAAUUAGCUCAUAAAAUAGCGUUUUAUAUUUCUACUAGAAACAAAGACCUAAGAGGUCGACUUACUAAAGACAGAAUAGAGAAUGCACUUGGAGAAAAUACGACUGUGAAAAUAUUAACACGAGACCAAGAUUACUCAGGAAAAGAAGUUACUAGAGACUGGUAUGAUGAAAUUGAAUACUAUAAGAAUUAUUUUGAUAAAGAACCACCUUCAGAGCUGAAAAAUCCGGAUGUUAAAAAUUUCACAAACUUCACACAACUUUUAUGGAAGAAUAGCAGAGAAGUUGGAUUCGGUAAAGUUAAAGCUAAAAACCGUGUAAUAGUUGUAGGCUGUUACAGACCAGCAGGAAACAUAAAAGGACAAUAUCAACAAAAUGUUUUACCACCACUUCAAAAAUCGGGUUGUUGUUCUUGUUAUUGACGGUGUGAGGAACUCUAGAACUAUUUAUCAAAUUUCAAAAUCUCAUUUCUAGAAAGGUUCUUAUUAGCAUUUAGAAGGUUUAACUACAUUUGUUGUUUUAGAAUAGUCCAAUAAUAUGUAUCGAACUGGUUCAAGAACUUUUCUUGAAAUGCAUCCAUAGUAGUAUUUAACCUACCUAAGGACAUGUCGAGAUUUGU